CCAAAAUUGACCCUAGGGUUUUUCUUCCCUCCCUCGUCCUCUACUAAAUUUCUCUUCGCUCAGCUUCCUCCGACACCGCCAGCCCCAACCCGUCGUCAAUCGCCUUCUUCUCUGCGCUCGAACGAUGGACGGUGCCCAGAAAGGCCCGUCGCUGAUCAAGCAGCUCGCGUCCUGCAACCAGUCGGCCCGCGAGCGCUCGCUUCGUGUCCUCCUCAAGACGUGGUUGCCCGCACAGUCUAGCCUCUCCGACGAUGGCAUGAAGAAGCUCUGGAAGGGCCUCUUCUACUGCGUCUGGCACGCCGACAAGGUCCCUUACCAGACCCACCUGGCGGACCGCCUCUCCUCUCUCCUCCUCUCCCUCGAAUUGCCUCUCUCAGUUCAGUACUUCUCGGUUUUCGUGCUCACCAUGCGUCGCGAGUGGGUCGGCAUCGACGUGCUCCGGCUGGACAAGUUCUAUGUCUUGAUCCGCAGGUUCUUGAGCUCUUUCUUCGCUCUCAUGAGGAAGUAUUCGUGGGAUAUGGGGCUUGUAGGGAGGUUGGUCGGGGUGUUGGAAGAGAGGGCUUUGCUUGCUGAUGAUAAGUUCCAGGGAAAUGGCGUUAAUUACCAUAUUGCCACUGUGUAUCUUGAAGAACUCAGGCCUUUUCUACCGGUUAAAGCAGAGGCCUUGGAGGUUUUGCUUAAUCCCUUCUUGAAUGUGAUGGGGAGGUCGUUGGAUAAAGUGUUGCUCGGUAAGAUCAAGUCCAAUGUGUUUGAUGUGUUGCUCAGGAUGGGGAAGGGUCUGCUGGAUGCGAAGAAGUCGGGGGUUGAGCUUGAUUUGGGCGAUGAUUUAGUUGUUUAUGGGACCAUAGCCUUGAAUAUGAGAUUUUCGAGUAAACUCUUCGAAUUGGGAUCUUCAUCUGAGUGCAAUCAGGGGAACAGGAAGCUGCUAUUUGGCUUGCACGAGGAGUUCUUGAAGUUGGAGAAGGAGUUGGUUUCUUUGGAGUUUGAGGUUCCCAUUCCUUAUAUUUGUGCCAAUGACGACGAAGAGGAAGUGCCGGAUUUGAUUCCCGUUGGUAGUGAGACUAAAACGGAUGAUGCUGAUUUGGGUUUUCGAGGGAAUGCUAUGAAUGGAGCUAAGAUUACAAAGAAGCUCAAGAAAGCUAAGAAGGCUAUUGAUGGCAUGGAGGCAGGAGCGAAGAGGAAAAAGAAGAAGAAGACGGCAAAUAAGAAGGAUGUGAAUCUUGAUAAUAGCACUAUGGAUGUGGAGAAUGCUAAUCCUGGCUAUUUGAUCUCUGAGUUCACGACAGAUGAAUUCAUCAGUAAUGGAGACAUGAUCUUCGAUGAAUCUAUGAUGUCUAACCUCCAAAUGGAAUUUGAGAGGGUCGCCGCUGCAGAGGGUCUAAGAAUAGAUGUUCCUAAUGACUGGGAUGCUGACAAGGAUGCAGUUAAUGGUGAUGGCUCCAAAAAGAGAAAGAGAGAGAAGACUAGAGAUGGGCAGCGAUCUCUCAAAUCUGAAAUGUCUGAGGAAGGAGAUGAUGGAGAUGCACCCUCUGCAAAGAGUGGGGACAAGAGUGUUAAGCGAGUCAGAUUUGCGAUGAAGGACAACUUGGUGUGGAAGCCUCACACUCCCUUACCUCCGCAAAAUCUAAGGUUGCCACCUUCAGCUACUCCUAGAGGAAGUGCACUCAAGAAGGGGCUGUCUCCUGGGCCCAUCAUGGAGAUGCCUCCCUUGGGGAAAAAAGCAAGACAGAGAGCGAGAGCUGUAAAGAAGGUCCGAAAGACAAUAAAGAGCAUUUCACCUGCUGUCAAACGUCUGAAGAAGUUGAAGGCGCUAUCUCCCUAGUGGGUUUAACUUUGUAAGAUCAAGUUUUAGGAAAACACAGACAGUUUUAAUUGUUGCUGUUUGAUUGUCGUCCUUGAACUCUGGGUGAUAUCUACCUAGUUGGUUUAACUUUGUAUGAGCAGGUUUUAGGGAAACACAGAUUCAGUUUUAAUGUUUGAUGUUUGAAUGCUGGCCUCGGA